AUGCAGCAGCAGCAUCCGUGGGGAAGCAGUGGCAGCAACAGCAGAGCUGCGUAUCUACAUGCUUCUCCUUGCAAAUUUCUCUUCUAUGCUCAAGUGAAGUGUGAGGUGGAGGGCAUGUGGGGUGGGGUGCCGCUUGCUGCUGCCGCUGAGAGGACAUGUGGACGAGGUGGACGAGUCAGCGAGAAUUAUGGGCCAUGGGAAUCGCAGUUCGUAGCGGAGUCGCGCGCCAUGGGGGAUUCAGGCGAGCCGUUUUCGCUCGACCUGCACGGGCCGGGCGCCGCCACGCUGCGCGCCGUCGUGCGCGACAAGCUCGCCGAUUUCUCCGAGAGCUUCACCGACGACGUGCUCGCGGAGUACGUGGUGGUGCUGGUGGCGCACGGCAAGCCCAAGAGCCAUGCAGCAGAGGAUCUCGAGGCCUUUCUGGGCGACCAAACCGCCGCCUUUGUUGACUGGCUGUGGGUUCAUCUGUCGGCCAGCAUUGGGAAAUACAAUGCGGCCGUUGCUUCAGACACCGAUGGCGCUGGCAAGGAUGUGAGGGAAGUGCCUUCAAAGGAGGAGGGGAAACGGGGCGAGGUGACACGAAACGAGGGACGAGGGAGAGGGGCUGGUGAAGGGAGGGAGGAUGGCGGAGGGGUGUGGGAGGAGAAGGGGAGGGAGGAGAGGGGCCGAGAUGGGAGAGAGAGAGAUGAGAGGGGGAGAGAGGAGAGAGGGAGGGAAGAGAGGGGGCGAGAAGUGACAGGGCGGAGCAGGGAGAGGAGUGGUGAGAGAGGCAGGGAGAGAGAGGGGGAGAGAGGGCGGAGCAAGGAGCGCGAGAGAGAAAGGGACAGAGACGGGAGAAACCUGGUUGAAAGAAUAGACUCGUGGAAGGGCAAGAGAGGAAGGGAUGGGGUUGUUGGUGGGCGUGAGGAGGAAAGGGGGAGGGGGUAUGAGGAGAGAGGGAGAGGGUAUGAGGAGAGGGGGAGGGGAUAUGAGGAGAAAGGGAGGGGGUAUGAAGAGAGAGGGAGGGGAUAUGAGAAGAGAGGGCGGCUUUAUAUGGACGAAGUACGAGGGACGGAGGGCGGGGAGGAAAGGGAAGAUGAGAGAAAGACCGAGAGAAGAACGGAGAGGGGGACGGUGAGGGGGACGGGGAGGGGAGCUGAGGGGGACGUGUGGGCGCGUCGGGGUGGGUCUAGAUCGUGGUCUCCUCCAAGAAAGCGGGAGGAGAGGGGAGAGGAGAGCGGUAAAAGGAUGGAGGAGGCAAGGGGUGGGGACCUGGGAAGGGCUUUGAAAAGGCGGGCAACAGGGGAAGGGGGCGGUGAGGAGUUUGGGGAGAGGUAUGAGGGGGAGAAGCAGGGGGAGGAGGGGGGGCGGGAGAGGGUGCGCGCGGAGAGGCAUGGGGAGGAGGAGCGGGCGCGCAUGAGGCGGCUGUUUGGCAGCAGCCUGGGGGAGGGGGCGCGCAGGCGGGCAACUGUGGAGGGAGGGAGGGCGGAUGGGGGAGAGAGAGCGGUGGUGCGGAGACGGACAGAGGGAGCGGAGGAGGCGGAGGGGGCGGAGGGAGCAGUGAGGGUAACGAGGGCAGAGCAAGCAGCGAGAGCAGCACUGGAGGGCAGCGAGGAGGUUGUGAGGAGGAAAGCGCGUGGGUCGUUUGCUCUGGUGGCCGCGAGUGAGAGACGGGUAGAAGGCGAGGAGGAGAGAUGGCAGGGCGAGGAGGGGGUGGAAGUAGGGGGGGAGGAGGAGCAAGAGGGAGGGGACGGUGUUGAGAGAAGGGAUGGGAGGGGCGCGGAUGGGGCACAGGGGGGGGCGGCAGGAGGGGUGGUGGUGGGGAAGAGAGGGCGGCGAGUGGGCGGGGGAGCCAGGGGAUUGGGCGGCAGGCUGUGGCAGUUUGCGGUGAGAGAUGCUGUGAAGCCUGCUCAGGGGGUGCGGGAGGUGCGGGAGGUGCGGGAGGUGCGGGUCCCUGCCCACGCCCAUGCUGCUGCCGCCGCUGUUACUGCCGCUGGUGUGCCUGCUGGUGCUUCCGAUGGUUCUGAUGACACUGGUGGUGCUGAUGGUGGUGCUGCGGGUGAGCGGCACGAGGAGGCGGCAAGGGCAGUCGCAGUAAGAGUGGGGCGAGUGGUCGUGUCUGCUCCCGUCGCUCCCUCUGCUGCUUCCCCUGGUGCGGUGAAGGCUGUUGCAAGGGCAGCUACCCCUCGUCGAAUCAAGGCAGUGAGGAGGCAGGGGAGGGAGGGGAGUGGGGGAGAGGAGGCAGAGGACAGAGCGAGAGUGGAUUCAAGAGCAGAGGGAGGGGGGAGAAGAGAGGACGAUGAGGAGGGGAAAGAGGGGGCGGAGAAGGAGGGUGGUAGAGGGAGUGUGUGGGCGAGGCUGGGAAAACGAUGUGUGCAGAGGGGUGGAGAUGGGCGGAUAGUGGUGCAGAGACAAGCGGAGCUUGGGGAAGAUUAUGGGGAAGGGUAUGGGGGAGGGUAUGAGGAAGGGUUUAUGGGAGGGUAUGCAGGAGGGUAUGGGGGAGAAUAUGGGGAAGGAUACGGGGGAGAGUAUAUGGAGGGGUUGAGAGGAGUUGAGCAGGGUAUGUGGAGUGAGGGAGUAGAGGGGUGGGGCGAUGGGAGAGGAGGAGAGGGAGGGGGGAUGCGAGAGAGUGUGGAGGCAAUGAGGCAGCGGCUGCAGCAGAUGCAGGAGGAGAUGAGGCGGAUGAAGGCGCUGCAGGAGAAAGCUGCUGCUGCUGCUGCUGGUGCUGCUGGUGGUGCUGCUGGUGGUGAUAAGGCUGCUGCUAAAGCUAGUAUAGCAACGAGCAGUGCUGAUGCUGCACCUGCUAAGCCCGCAGCUGCUCACCCCAACGGCACGUUGUCAACCUCACCGCACUCCACCGCACUGCACGGCCAUGCACCCCCGCCCUUCUCCCUCGUGCGCAAGUCCUCAGGGGACGCUGACGACCGCUCCGUGCUCGUCUCAAAUGUGCAUUUCGCAGCAACGGUGGCGGCACUCACGCUGCACUUCGCAGCGUGUGGGGAGAUUCGCCGAGUCACCAUCCUCACUCAUCCCCUCACCGGCCGCCCUAGAGGAUGUGCUUAUAUCGAGUUCGCCACUAGGGAAGCUGUUGACAAGGCGCUGGCACUCAACGAUGCUUCGUUUAUGUCACGUCCGCUUAAGAUCAUCCACAAGCCACAUGCGGCGGUCGAGGCACUCCCCUCGGCCACCGCACCAGCUAUCACUACUCCCACGCACCCUGCUCGCCCGCUCCUCACGCCCACCAAGCUCCCCUCCCCUGCUGCGGGCUCCAGCCCCACAGCCCUCGCCUCCCCCUCUGCACGUGCCCUGCCUGCAAAGGCCCAGGGUGUGGGUGUGAAAGCGCAAGGUGCCCGCCGGCCCUCUGCCAGAGGUAGCCUGCAGUGGAGGAGACAGCCUGAGGUUUCUGCUGCUGCUCCUGCUGCUGCUGCUGCUGCUGCUGCUGCUGCUGCUGCUGCUGCUGCUGCUGCUGCUGCUGCUGCUGGUGGUGUUGAUGCUGCUGCUGGUGUUGCAGCUGCUGCUGCUGGCGCUGCUCCUCCUGCUGCUGAAGCUAAGGUUGAGGGCAGGGGUGGUGCGAUAGGCAAUGAGAAGGAAGCUGUGCCUGAUGCGGUGCAGAAAGCAGCAUCGCCGUCUGCACCUGCAGCAGCAGCUGCUGCUGCUAAAGCAGGCGAAAUCAAUGGGUGA